AUGGCUGCGAUUGACGUUGAAACAUUCACUACUGGCCAGAUCGGCUUAUGGAAUGGAACACAGGACGGCAAGGAUGGCAUCGUCGACUACAAGAAGGGCAAGCAAGCGCCGAGACGAAUCUCCUGCCAAGGUGCAGGACUACUUGAGGGACGCAGUGACCAGCCAGGACCGCGACCUGUUGCCCACGUUGACAGAGACCUACCCAAUGCCAUUGUAUCGCUGCAAUGCGCUCUGGGCAAGGACAAAGCCGACAACCUCUUAAAGCGACACAAACGGUGGGCGCAGGUCAAUCUCUGGAGACCCAUCGGCCGACCAGUUGUCAAGUGGCCUCUCGUCUUUGCGAACCACGAUGCGAUUCCAGACUGGGACUACGACACGCACAUGGCCCGCGUCUACAGCGUCAACGAUCCCCGUAUCGCCGACCGAGGGGGCAAGAGUCACAACUGCAUCUUGAUCGACGACGAGCGGUACGCUUACCAUUACGCGAGCAACGUCGCUCCGGAUGAGGCGCUGGUGUUUUUCUCGUUUCACUCGGAUCCCAAGAUGGUGCUGCCGCAUGGAGCGUUUUGGGACAACAAGACGCCAGACGAUGCGCCGCCGAGGCGAUCCCUGGAGGUGCGAUGCUUUGUAUUUUUUGACGAUGAUGUGGUAUGA